AACGUAUCAAAAGAAUACUACCCGUAGUACGGGUUUUUUACGCGGAUGUAUUUAAAAGAGGAAGAAAAAAUUCGCGGCGGCGGCGGCGCUCGGGCAAAGACAAAAUGUAUCUGAAACUUUGGAUCUUCGUUGCCCUGCUGGUGACCGUGGCUUAUGCCGCGCUCGAGCCGCUCGAGCUCGAGGAUGCUGCAUCGGCGGAAGCCAGCAGCACGGCUCUGCACUCGCGUCAAAAGAGGUUCAUCGUAAAGAAGAUUAUCGCUAAGAAGGCUCUGCUGGCCGGCGGUGCCGUCGGUCUAGGACUCGGCCUUAUCAAGGGCAAAAAAUUGGCUGGUUUGGCCGGAGGACUCGGCGGCGGUGCUCCAGCUGGUCAUCAAGCAUACGCUGGUGCUGGUGCAGGAUACGGAUCUCCUUACGGAUCUCCUUACUCCUACUAGAGUUAUCCAACCAAGACUUGCCAAAGCGAUUAGACUAAGAAACUGAUUUUGUACAUUGUUAUUAAGAGAUUAAAGUAAUAGUUGGCACAGUA